CUUCCUUCGCUUAUAUCUAGUUGUGGGAACGUGAUGUUAUUAGUUGAACAGGAGGAGCUGGCAAACAGAGACCUAUUAGCAGAAUAACAGAGACACAUAGCGAUAGGGUGGAAGGGACAGGAAAACAAAAGAGAGAGGAUGGGAGAGAGGUUUACUAGUGCAGACAUCAGGAAAGGAAUUAAAAAGCAGGAGCUGUUAUGAGAGAGGGAGGGAUAAAAAAGGGAAUCACUGCAGAGCAGGAGGAGGGGGCAGAGCAAGGGAUCCCCAGAAUAAAAGAAAGGGAGUAAGGGGUACAUUUAAAGGAAAAACGGCAAAGUGUAAGAGAAGGGGAAAAUGAUUAUGGAAACAAGAAUGUAAAGAGAAGAAAAGAAGGGGAUCAGGCAAUAGAAAAACAAAUUCAGUUAAGAGAGGAGGGCAAAGAUCUGACCACGUUGCUGGUGACCAGGCAGAAGGUCCAGUUUCGUUUUUUUGAACCAGCGCCAUGAGCUGUCAAAAGCAUAUUAGAGGUCUAGGGAGUGAGGCAAAGCUUGGAGAUCCCACAAAAAAGGAGCAGGAUCUCAGAGGGGGAGCUCUCCUGCAUCAACAGAGACGUCUCAAACAAGCCACGCAGUUUGUGCACAAAGACUCUGCAGAUCUACUGCCACUGGACCAACUAAGGAGGCUUGGGACCUCUAAGGACUUGGUAAGCUGGGGAAGUCACAUGGGCAGGUGGAAACUGUUCUCUUAAUAUUUUUGGUUGGAAAUAGUUUAUCCUCAUUAAAUAAUGAGUAGUGAGGAAAAUAUAUGCAGUAUAAUGUAUUAUAAUCAAUGAUCUUGGGCUGUUCUUAGCAACUGUAUGAGUGGACAUUCAUUGUUACGACUGCUAAAAAGUUGUGUUAAAAAAAAAAACUUGAAAAUAUCAAUGACGAUACAAUAAUGACUGCAGCAUCAAUAAACCUCCCCAAACAGAUGUGGUGUUAAAAAGAAUGUAGUCCCUCCUGAAGGUUUAAGGAAACUUAGGGUUAGGGCAUUCAAGGAGGACUGUAACUCAUGUUAUUAUCGGUCAGGCUUUGUCUGGAUAAGAAUCAGGGCAGUUACAGUACCCAACGCAUUGAAGACAGGUACCCCGUAAACCCACCUUACAUUAAACAUCCGCUAGCACUAAUUCUAUUUCUUGGUUUCUCCAAUUCUAUUCCAAAGCUUUCUUCCUUCAAACCCUUCCAUCAAACCUACUCACACCUUAGUACCUUCAUUUUAAACUUUUUAACUGUGCUUUUUGUGAUUAAAGAUGGUGCUGUUAUAUAACUAGUGUCAUUUAAAAUUGAUAUUUUUAAAGGUGACAUUUCAAAUGUAUACUCAACGAGAAAGUGUUUUGGUAGGGAUGGAUCUAUUGUGUAAGCUGGUUUGUGCAGGGCCCUUAUUCUGCAGGGACCAAUUUGUCAUCACUUACUGUACCUGUAUGUUUAUCCUACUAGUUGUACACUACAGCUAAAUAUGGUGGUACUUAAUAAUAAUAAUAACAAGCAAUGAAAAUGAGUAGCGACUCUGAGUCACUUUGCUGAUGAAGGUCUUUAUGUUCGUGAAAACAGCAACCUCAUAGUGUGAUACAGAGACGUCUUCUGGAGGGCAGCCCGGGCAGAGAACCCAGUGCCUUGGCAAAAAACUCAUACUUGUUGGACAAGGGAAUCCAUUCUGUGUCUGAAACAAUACAACCUCCCAAAUGGCAAGAGGAGGCUGCUACCCAACAGCCUAACCUUCUUGACAAGAGCACACCGUUAAAUCAACCAUCUGGUGACACAGUUGGAUGGAAAGGAGACUCUGUGUUUAUUCCAUGUAAGGUAAGCAAAAGCAAAAACACUAACAUAUCCACUCUUCACAUCAACACCAUGGGAUACAUUUAUAUAAAACAAAAAUAAUAAAAGUAACCCGAGUGGUGACAGUAUUUCAGAAUCUAUUCUUCACUACGUGUUUAUCUACAAAUAUCAGAUUUGUAAUAUUUUCAUCAUUAAAAAGAAAUGCAAUUUAGCCAAUUUCCUACAACAAACUUCUACUGACAUACUGAGACAACUAGCAAUAAACAAAUCAUUGGUGUUGUUAACUACAUCAGAUUAGAUUCUGGAUUAAACUGAUUCAUAAAUCCACAAAACAAAAAACAAUAGUUUAAAAUGGGAUUGUUUACACUAACAGAUAGAAAAUGGCAAAUUCAUUAUUAAAUGGAUGGAGGUCACUUAAUAAUUUGGUCAUUGCCACUGGAAAUUUUCAAAGGCUAAUUUUAACACAUCAAUACCAUAUUCUGAAAACUGGUAAACAGACUUUUAAACCAGAAUGUAGUUUUAUUAAUUUUACAGUUAGUCAAGAGUAUAAAAAGCUGUUAAAUAAUUUUUGGUCUUCAGUAAGUAAACCUGCUAUGCACCGAUGUUCACAUGGCACGGUCCUCCUCUGGCAAAUUAUAAAAUGUAAAAUGUAAUUAUACAAUCACCAACAAACGUAGAAAUUUAAAGGACCACUAUAGGCACUCAGACCACUUCAGCUUAAUGAAGUGGUCUGGGUGCCAGGUCCAGCUAGGUUUAACCCUUUUUUUUAUAAACAUAGCAGUUUCUCAUUGACAGCUGCUAGAGGGCUUCCGAGCUUCUCACUGUGAUUUUCACAUUGAGAAGACGCCAGCGUCCAUAGGAAAGCAUUGUGAAUGCUUUCCUAUGGACUAGCUGAAUGAGCACGCGGCUCUUGCCGCGCAUGUGCAUUCAGCCGGUGACGGAAGAAGAGGGAGGAGAGGAAGAGGAGAGCUCCCCGCCCGGGGCUGGAGAAAGAUGUAAGUUCCUUCCUCCCCCCAGAGCCCGACGAGUAUGUUUUCCUGGCACUAUAGUGGUCCUUUAACAUUAUACAUUUGUAUUUGAGUGGGAGCUGUGAUCUACCCACAUACAUCUACCACAAUGUCUAGCAUGUAGUUGCAUGCUAAACCUUCAGUGCAUCUGCUAUUGGUAGAUGCUAGAAAGUUUAGAGCAAAAGUUUCUAUAUGUACAGCAAGCACACGAUAAAGAUGGAAUAAUUGCACGUUAAAGCACCUCUCUGUGAUAUUUGAUUGAAAUGUUCAAUAUACUGAGAGCACAAUACCAUUUGGAUUUCCACAAACAAUGACGGUUCACCAUGAAUUAUGUUACUCUACAGUUUGCCUUCCUACACUGUCUUGUAGUAUCCAUCACUAUGAUCUUAUUAUUCUGUCCCAGAAGUUUAAUUUUACUGCAAUAUGUAAGCUCCAUCACAUCCUUCUCUAACUCUAGGUUUGUAAGCUGAAUGUCAAGGCCAAGCUGUGCACUGAUCAACAACAGAACCUCAUUUCCCAGAGCUGUGUGGAACGACUUAGGUAAGAGGAAAUCCAAAGAUUUAAAACCUCCACGUAAAAAAAAUUCCAUAGAGAGGCUGCUAAAACGGAGCUUUAAACAUGUUAAGACAGCACCUUUCACCAUUAGGGUAGGUAGUAUAUUUACUUUAAUGAACCAUGCAUGCGCUUGGUCACCUUGUCAGAUUGCUUGGACAGCCACUUUGCAUAUGUGGGCAUAAUCCUUAUACUUCUUUAUCAACACAACUACAAGUGAGCAAAAACAUGCAAUAAAAAAAAGCUGAUAUUAUCUGCAGAGGACUUGUGUUAGUGCCUAAGGUGUCAAUAUAAUGUUAGAAUAUGCAUCCUGUGGAUUAUGCUAGGAAAUGUAAUUUAACACACUAAGAACUGUGUGAGACUCAUGAGGAUUACACUUCAGCAGGGUCUGAGAUUCGCAAGCUGGCCGUCCCUGAUUUAUAGCACAGACAAGCAGCUUGCAACACUCCAUCUGCAUUGCCAUUGGGUUUUUACAGCAAAUUUAUUUAAUAUAUAUUUUAGAAGUAUCCAGCUUGAAUACUAAUUAGUUUCUGUUUGACUACCUCAGUUCUCAAACAAUUUAUACAGCAGAGAAGAUCAAUUAACAUUCUAAGAGUGCUACCAGAAAGCAUAGCCCAUGGUUUUAAAAUACUCCUACCUUUAUAAGACAAUAACUAAUUAUUGCACACAUGUGGGUAAAAAAAACAAAACACCAAAAACACCGCCAUCGCAAGUUGGGGAAUAAUAUCCCAAACCAAACCAAACCAAGAGAUUAUUUUUAAAACGAAAAGACCUAUUCAGAUGAGAUUGGAACGGGUGCAAUAGAUUGACCAAAUCAGUCAUUUAUGGAUGGGGUUGAAAGAUCUUUGAAAGAUGUAACUAGAGAGAUUUCGAGAAGGAUAUGCUUUUAUUUUCCGAUGCGGUAACAGGGAUGUGGGCUGGGAUUUUUUUGCGUGAGGGGCAUUUAACAACAAAUAGCCCAAUUGGAGUACAAAAUAUGUAUUUUGUUUCAUAUUCAACAUUUAAUAUUGCUAAAUAAAAUACAAUAAUAAAAUAAUAUAUAUUAGUAUUUUACCACGAGGCACAGCUUACAAUUGUUUCUAAACUACCACCUGGACCCUACCUGGUGAUUGGAUGUGACCAUGUAUCAAGGCAGAUUUGGUUCUUGUCACGGGUGGCGGUCUGAAAACCGGGACCCCUGUAUGCCUGAUGAUGAUGAUAGGAGUCACAGCGUGGAAAUGGACUACUAUCAGAGCCUGGUGCUGGGUAACCGCACGCCCCCUGGUGUUGAGCACCAGCGUUUGUGCAGCCACAUACCAGGGCCCUGAUGCAGCUUCUGCGGAUCCCAAGAGCUAGAUGAGAAUAUGCAGGCCUCCCAUGAUCUAGAUAGGGAGGCUCUGCAGCAGAAAUGUAUCCAGUACUAGAAACAAGUCAAGACUAGAACAGGCACUAAACAAGAUAAGACAAGACUAGAAGAACCCAGAACCAGAGCAGGACAGAAAGCAGAACCCAGAACAUGUACACAAUACAUGAGGGGAACAUGAACAGGACAUGGACAGGGCAGGACUGUACAUGAACUGGGAAUACAAGACAAAUAAAACAAGACAAGACAAGAGAUACAAGGCAAAAAGAAAAUCAGACAAAGAAUAGAAAACCAGAAAAAACAAGAAAAACUAAACAAGAAUUGUAAAAAUAGUACUGGAUAAGCUAUAUGCUGUUGUGCCUUAGUCACCAUUUAGUUGACAAGGCCAGCGCUGACUGGGUUAGAAAAGGCAAAUUACUUACCUUUCAGCCUUCGCUGUGCAGGUCGCAAUCAUCAAUGUCUAAGCUAACCCAAUGCUUUCCUAUAGGAACGCAUCGGAAGGCUACUGCGCAUAUGCGGCAAAAUGCUGCUCUGCACCAAUCAGAUGGUCUCAGGAGUUUUACUCUGCUAUUUUACAGAAGCAUUCAUAUUGACAACCACAAGAGGCAGGAUAACCCUGCAAUGUAGACAUUGCUGUUCCAAUGCCAGUGUUUUCAGCUGCAGGGUUAAAAUGGGGGUCACACUGCACCCACACCACUUGAUCGAGAUUAAGUGGUCGGUGCGACUAUAGUGUUCCUUUAAAUCAUUAAAAACUUAGAAGCAAUUACUUUUUUUCUGGUCCUAUACCAAUUCUUUAAUGUAUUUAAUUAGCCUGGACUAGAUCAUUCUACUGAACUUGGCUCCUAGAUUGUGUAUUCAUUACGAACUGAAAUGGACCGAGUUUAUGGAUAACUGAAAACACUUAGGUAAGUUGAGUUAUUGUUCAAAUCAAUAAAUACAUAACAAGGUCAUCAGGGUCAACCGUGCCUUGUAAAAAGUGAAGUUGAACUCCACAUAUAUACUGAAAAUCCUUUUUGUAGUUCACCCAAAUCUCUGCUGCAUCAUUAAAGAAAUAAUACAGAGCACAGUAAUGGUUAUAAGAGCAAAGAGUUCUGGGUGCUGUUCGUCAGAAAUUCAUUAAACCAUUUACGAACAGUUUGACAUUUGUUGAGUCAGGUGCCUGUGGCUAUUCUGGUCUGGUUCAUACUUUCACGUUAUGCCAACUCAAACUAGGUUUAAACUAGGUUUAAACAGUGUGCACUGAGUCUUGCAUUUCACCCAGUUAUAAAAAGGAUCUGGUAAAUAAUAUCCCAGGUCUGUUGGCAUUAUAUAGCUUUUUAUGUAUGACUGGAUGGACUGGGCACACAGUGACCAACGCAUUUUCUACCACAGAUUGCUGGCAUCAAAUGAUAAUAUCCAGAGUGGACAUCAUAAGGAGCUGAUUGUGGACAUAGAGUUGGGAACAGAGAAACUGCAGAGCAAAGCUACAAUAAUAGGUGAGAGGCACACAGAAAUAAAAUGGUACAGGUGUAUGGGGGAGAGUGGACACAGUGAGGGCAUCAGUGUUCUUGGCAAACUAACAGGAAAUUGUACGCUGGAAUAGUCAAAACAAAAAAAUAAGUAACUUACAGACGUUUUCCGAUUCAGCUAUUUUGGCCACCAAUUGCAAUUCCCUGCUCAGUUCAGUUAAAGGAAUAGACUUGCUUACUUGCAGGGUAAAUGUGUAAAAACACAUGUAAAAGUGGCUAGAGAAAUUUAAAAGUGUUUGUUUUGCUCACCCAGAUGACGAUAUGAUGGAAUUCUGCCUCGGUUUGGAGACACUGGUCUCUCUCAAGGUAUGACUCCAUCUGGAGGGGUGGGAGGGGAACAUGACAUUAUUUACAUUUUAUAUUAAACACACAUACAAUCUAUAUGUUAAAAUCACUGUUUGUGUUUAGAGCUGCAUUGAUCUGAGCAACGGAAUCUUGAAGACUCCUUUCCAAGAAAUAGGAUUCAUAAAUCCAGAGAGGAGUGGAUUGACAACAGAGAAGACAGAAACUGUGGCCAACUGUUACAGACAAGGACUUCAAAACUAACGCUAUUACUCAAAGAGCACCAGAUCAUUCUACACAGAGCCCACUCAUUCCUUGAGACAUUUAUUACUAUCUGAAGCAGACACAACAAAAAGAAAGCAGAAGAGAUACAGUCCAAAUGUAUGAGUCUCUUGCCUCAAAAAACUUGCUUGGCACUAUCAUAUUAUGUGAAAUUAUUACAUAUUAUUCAUAUCACUUAACAAUACUGUGUUUAUGUUUUAUGUUUAUGAAACAGCUGAUAUGAAGAAUAUUAACAGUACAGCCUUUUGGCCCAAAUUUCAUAUUCUGUCUGUGUUUCUAUCACCUCAAUUGGAAAGACAUUCUAUGCAUCCUCUACCAAUUCUGCCAAAAAGUUAGAUAAAAAAGUGACAGCUAUUAUAUACAUUAAAAUGUAUAUUUGACGUUUGCUGUUGCCUCUUCCAAAACAGCCAUCAAUGGACAUACCUGGCCUCUCCAAAUGUGGGCAACAGAACUAAAAGCAGUGUGUUCUGCCACCAUCAACAAUUUGGCAAGCAAAAUGUAUAGGAAAAAUAACACAACGGUCUAUAAACUGAUACCAUGGUAGUGUGCAUGAAGGGUAAAUGGGAAAUUACAGCAAACAAUUAUGACCUUGCAUACAUAUUACAUCUGAAGCUUUACAAACCCAUUGUUACAGAAGAAAUAGACCUUUCACCCCACCAGCAUUCAUGAAUUGGAAUAUCUGACAUGCAACAACAGUGACUCAUUCUGAUGCAGAGCAACAGAGUGUUUGCUGGCACCUGGCAGAAGGCUUUUUAGUAUGCCUGUUAUAUUAUCCCUGUAAAUUCUGAAAACCUUUAUUCUUCAUAACAGCUUUAAGCAUUGCCAAUGUUUUACUCCUUGACCCUCAUUUACAUCUCAUUCACACUUUGUGACAACACAUUUUCAAUGUGAAUUGUUCAAAUUUGUUUCUUGUAUGCUAUAUAAAAGGUUUGUUUUAAUGGAGUCUAAGUUAUGAGUAGGGGGUUAAUUCACUGAAC